AUGACUAAAAAUUGCAGUAGCGACGCAGUAAGCGACAGCACAGUGUGGAAAAAUAAAGCUAACAUGGAAAGCUUAUUCAACUUGCCUCUGGAGGUGGUAGAAAUGAUAGUAGAGCAACUUGAAUCAAAUCCAAAAACAUCCGUUGUCGACUACUAUAACUGGCUCAAAGCUGGGGGCAACGCAUGUCCCCGCAUUAACCGAUUGUUGCUGGAAAGGGUGUAUGUCUGCAAUCUGAGUAGAAGGGAGUCGGAUUUUGUGCGACGGCUGAGUGGCCCACUCAAUGUAGCGACACUCACCAGAAAAGAUGCCAUACCAACCGGCACUAAAUAUUUGGUGCUGUCCGUGGACGAGGCAUUUUUCAGGCGUGGAGAGGCAGCUGAACUUCCAGAGCCAAAUGGAGACAUAAGUAUUACAGUGGUUUAUCAUCACGAUCAGGAAGAGGAAGUUAAUUUGAGACGCAUCGACCAACAAUACAGAGACAUGUACCCACAGAGAAGUAUGCGCAUAGAGCACCUAAUAUUGAUUGGGCCGCAGGAUGGAAGCCUGCGAUGGAACAACACGGAUGGAAAUUUAUUUGACAGCUCUUUCUAUGAAGAGAAAGAAACGAGCACGAGGAAAGAGGUAUACGGCCAGACUGAAGACGAUACCACAGUAUCCCCAACGAGGCGAUAUGCAGAAGUCACAUUUUUGAAUGCUGUCUCACUCGACCUGGAUAACAGUUGCCUCUCAAACUUCCUGUCGACCAGACAGAGCCUCCGCGACUACUUCGCUCUGACGGUGAACUUUCCGGCGCUCAAAUCCAUUGGAUUUGCCUUGCCGGGUAAAACUAGUAAAGCCGACUGUCUCAAUCAAAUACAAAUGUCAUAUCUUCUAACUCAAGAUUCUAAAAGAAUAUCGUUGGAACAAUUCUUCCAUUUUUAUUCGCUGCGGAACUGGAACUUGCCGUCUCUGGAAGGGUUCUCGGGCCACGUCUUGAAAUGGGACGAGUUUCAAACUGACUCUGCAGAGAAGUUCCGCUCUGUUCGUGAUAUAAUAACUCAGCUGAAAACAAGAAUCCAACAGGAAAGCUCCGACGGCUUACCUCAUUUGAACGCUCAGCUGUUUCCCAACGGGGUGACGCACUCAUGCAUCCAGAAUUGGCCACUGAUAGAUACCAAGUUGGAUAUUGACGCAGCAAGGCGAAAGUCACCUCUCAUUUGCUUGCGGCACCCUCAUCUGGAAUCUCUGGAGAUCAUCUACAUGAUUUAUCAGCCUGAGGGGAAUCUAAGGUUGGAAGGGCUCUACUUACCACAGCUGCAUGAACUGUCCAUCCGUGGAGACCAGAUGUUAUGUUGGCAAGCAGCCAGGAACCCCAUGUACCAUGUUUUCUUUUCAGAUUGGAACGAUUUGGCCAAGUGUGAAGUUUUGGUUUGCCAACUAAAAAAAGAGCUUCAAGUGCGCUGUCUGGUUGAAACGGCCAAUUUGGGAAAAGCUUUGCACUCUUUGAAAUUGAGAAACAAGACGGAGGAUAUCAAUAGCCUGAAGCCCCCAUUUGUCGAACUUUAG